AUGAGUUUUAGGGAACUUGGCUCAAAGUAUAACAAGACGCCAGCUCAAAUAUGUCUCAGAUGGUCGCUUGAGCAUGGUGUUCCUAUCAUCCCGAAAAGCAAAGAGAAACAUCGAAUCGCCGAAAAUAGGAAUGUCUUUGACUUUUCUUUGAAUGCUGACGACAUGAAAGUGUUAGCAACUCUGCAAGAAUGUCCAAAGAAGCUCGUUCGUUUCGAAGACUUACCGAACAAAUUCGAUCUACCCGAUGGUUACAAACUAAAUGGACGAGUGUUCGGUGUUCCGGAUGAGUUGAUUUCCACGGAGAAUAAGGCGGUUGCUAAUGGUUCCUCUCGCUAA